AUGUGCAAUGCGGAAGAAAAGCGAACUGAAGUGGGCCAGAUCUCUUCUGCGUCGAAGCGGGAGUCGAAGCGGGGGUCGAAGCGCAAGCCCUUCUGCCGCCUACCUGCUGAACUGCACGUCAUGAUGUCCGUGCCCAUCAGCGGUGCGGCACCGGCCCAGAAUGCCUACCUUCGGCAAGGAAGCACAAACAAGGAAGCACAACUGACUUGCGCUGGGGGUUGUCAUGGCCAAGCAUAA